GUGCAAUCGUGAGGAAGGAGUCGAGGUAGCGAGCAUUAAAUAGGUUCACUUUUGAUUAUAUAAUCAACCUUCCGUUGUCUUCCGUCGAGCUCAUCUCAAACAGCUAGAAUCCACCUCCAGGUUUUAUUUCCCCCCUCUUUUGACUCGUUCAAGUAAGAAAUGGCUUUCCUCGGUUUGCGCAAGUGGCCUACACCUGUUCUGAGGCCCAUGGCACCCUUCAUUGCUGCUUCCGGUAUCACCUUCUACCUAGUGAAAACCAUGCAGGAUUUCGGUGUUCGAUCGGAGACCUAUGCUAAGGAUCCAAAAAACCCUUAUGCAGCCCAGAUCGCCCGAGAAGCGCAUCAUUAGCUAUUAUAUUCCUUGGGCUGUGGAAGUUAGCUGACAGUGUGGGAAGUGGUGGUAUGUCUUCAGUCGGUCUUUCGGAGGUCAGUCAUCUUUUAACCGAGAUAUAGACCGCGACUGUAGGGAUGGCCAACUAGUUCUCGCUACGUCUACGUGAUGUUUACUCUUAGAGGGAAUCGUACAAGUGUACCCUACGCGAGAGUGGCUUGUGCGGCAUGAGUAAGGUCAACGCGUGGAUAAAGCACUCAACGACAACGUUCUUGCUGCCCGUCUUCCCACGUUUAUCCAACAGAUGUACACACGGUUUGCUGCCAUUAUUGCUAUGGAGGA